AUGGAGCAGGGGGGGCUGGUCGGGGGCCUCGGCGGGCAGCAGGAGGUGGAGGAGCAGCAGGUCCCGCGCCAGGAUGUGCGGACUCGGCUCCACCACAGAGAAGGGCCCAGUAAGGUGAGUGAGGGUGGCGGGGGCGGUUUUACGGGAGGGGACAGAGGAGGAACCAGGCUACCGAACGAGAGGGGGAGCCAGAACGAGAGGGGGAGCCAGAACGAGAGGGGGAGCGAGAACGAGAGUGGGAGCGAGAACGAGAGGGGAAGCCAGAACGAGAGGGGGAACCAGAACGAGAGAGGGAGCCAGAACGAGAGGGGAGCCAGAACGAGAGGGGAGCCAGAACGAGAGGGAGCCAGAACGAGAGGGGAGCCAGAACGAGAGGGGGAGCAGAACGAGAGGGGAGCCAGAACGAGAGGGAGCCAGAACGAGAGGGGGAGCCAGAACGAGAGGGGGAGCGAGAACGAGAGGGGAAGCCAGAACGAGAGGAGGAGCCAGAACGAGAGGGGGAGCCAGAGCGAGAGGGGGAGCGAGAACGAGAGGGGGGCGAGAACGAGAGGGGGAGCCAGACCGAGCGGGAGCCAGAACGAGAGGGGGAGCCAGAACGAGAGGGGUAGCGAGAACGAGAGGGGUAGCGAGAACGAGAGGGGUAGCGAGAACGAGAGGGGUAGCGAGAACGAGAGGGGGAGCCAGAACGAGAGGGGGAGCCAGAACGAGAGGGGGAGCCAGAACGAGAGGGGGAGCCAGAACGAGAGGGGGAGCCAGAACGAGAGGGGGAACCAGAACGAGAGGGGGAGCCAGAACGAGAGGGGGAGCCAGAACGAGAGGGGGACCCAGAACGAGAGGGGAAGCGAGAACGAGAGGUGGAGCCAGAACGAGAGGGGGAGCGAGAACGAGAGGGGGUCCCAGAACGAGAGGGGAGCCAGAACGAGAGGGGAACCAGAACGAGAGGCGGAGCGAGAUCGAGAGGGGUCGCGCGAACGAGAGGGGGAGCCAGAACGAGAGGGGGAGCCAGAAAGAGAGGGGGAGCCAGAACAAGAGGGGGAGCGAGAACGAGAGGGGGAGCGAGAACGAGAGGGGGAGCGAGAACGAGAGGGGGAGCGAGAACGAGAGGGGGAGCGAGAACGAGAGGGGGAGCGAGAACGAGAGGGGGAGCGAGAACGAGAGGGGGAGCCAGAACGAGAGGGGGAGCCAGAACGAGAGGGGGAAGGAGCUAGUGGACGCGGGGAAAGGAGGAAGAGAGGAGAUGGUUUAGGAGGAGGAGGAGGAGGCGUUGUGGUGGGGCGUGACCACAGUGGCAGAGAAGACAGCAAGAAUAACCAGCGUCAUGUUUCACCUCCAGCCUCUCCGUUCUCGCCCCUCCAGCCUUCCUUCCUGUCCUCCUCCCUCGUUUCUUUUCUCCUCUCAUUCCUUUAACCUCUUC